AUGAGCGAUUCGAAAUUCAUCCCCAUCCCGGGCCCCAGGGGUGUGCCCUUCCUGGGCAAUGUACUAGAUGUCGACCCCGAGGUACCCGAGCAGAGUUUCUCGUUGAUGGCAGAUAACUAUGGGCCUAUUUUCCGGUUAUCCAUCGUUGGAAAGACGAGAGUCUUUAUCAGUUCCCAUGAACUAGUUGAUGAGAUCUGUAACGAAGAACGAUUCACGAAAAAGGUUGUGGCUGGCCUGCAAGAAAUCCGAAAUGGCGUCGAAGACGGCCUGUUCACGGCCCAUUAUCCCGGCGAAGAGAACUGGGAGAUCGCCCACCGAGUUUUGGUCCCUGCAUUUGGACCUCUGACAAUUCGGGCCAUGUUCGAUGAUAUGUACGACAUCGCCAGUCAGCUUGCCCUGAAAUGGGCUCGUCAAGGUCCCAACGUGCCAAUUAUGGUCACCGAUGAUUUCACCCGGCUGGCCCUGGACACCAUCGCUCUUUGCUCUAUGGGUACCCGUUUCAACUCAUUCUACCACGAAGAGAUGCACCCCUUCGUGGAAGCGAUGGUCACAUUGCUGCAAGGCUCGGGGGACCGAGCCCGGCGCCCAGCACUCAUGAACAGCCUCCCCACCAGCGACAACAACAAGUACUGGCAUGACAUUGAAUUCCUACGAAAGCUGGCUCAGGACUUGGUAGAUGCGCGCAAGAACAACCCGGAGGAUAAGAAGGAUCUACUAAACGCCCUGAUUCUGGGCCGCGACCCCAAGACCGGUCAAGGCCUCUCGGACAGCUCCAUCAUCAACAACAUGAUUACAUUCCUGAUUGCCGGCCACGAGACAACUUCUGGCAUGCUCUCGUUCUUGUUCUAUUACCUUCUCAAGAACCCCAAGGCCUACCAGAAGGCGCAGCAAGAAGUGGAUACGGUGAUUGGGCGACGCAAGAUCACCGUGGAAGAUGUGUCGAAGCUGCCGUACAUCACGGCUGUGAUGCGCGAAACCCUACGUCUUCGAUCUCCGGCUCCCUUGAUUGCUUUCCACGCUCACCCGACCAAGAAUACCGAGACCCCUGUGACCCUGGGCGGCGGCAAAUACGCCCUGGAAGAAGACGAGGCCAUCGUGGCUAUUCUGGGCAAGCUGCACCGGGAUCCUAAGAUCUACGGCGACGACGCGGAGGAUUUCAGACCGGAGAGAAUGCUGGACGCGGAAUUCGAGAAACUGCCGAAAAACGCCUGGAAGCCAUUUGGCAACGGCAUGCGCGCCUGCAUCGGUCGCCCGUUUGCUUGGCAGGAGGUGCUGCUUCUGGUGUCGAUGCUCUUGCAGAAUUUCAACUUCCAAAUGGAUGACCCUAGCUAUGAUCUACGUUUGAAGCAGACCCUCACGAUCAAGCCCGAUGGGUUCCACAUGAAGGCAACCCUUCGACACGGUAUGGACGCCACAAAGCUGGGUGCUUUCUUGAACAGCGGCGAAGCUUCCUCCGAAGACUCGGAUGCUAGCAUCAAAGACCGCAAGAAGAAGGUGACUCCCGCGGGCGAUGCCAAGCCCAUGCAUAUCUUCUUUGGCAGCAACACUGGAACCUGUGAGGCGUUUGCUCGAAGACUGGCAGAUGAUGCCGCUGGUUAUGGGUUUGCUGCCGAGGUCAAAUCCCUGGACUCGGCCAUGCAGAACGUCCCGAAGGAUGACCCUGUGGUCUUCAUCUCGGCCUCGUACGAGGGCCAACCUCCAGACAACGCCGCUCACUUCUUCGAGUGGCUGAGCAACCUGAAGGAAAACGAACUCGAGGGCACAAACUAUGCCGUCUUUGGCUGCGGCCAUCACGACUGGGCAACCACCUUCCACCGCAUUCCCAAGGCUAUCAACCAGCUGGUUGAGGAACGAGGCGGAAACCGCCUUUGCGACCUUGGAGUCGCCGAUGCCGCGAACUCAGACAUGUUCACCAACUUCGAUAGCUGGGGUGAAUCCGUCUUCUGGCCUGCGGUGACGGGCAAGUUCGGCCGCUCCCAGGCGAAAGAAAGCAAAUCGGCCCUUCAGGUAGACGUCAGCAAAGGAACGCGGCCUUCUACGCUAGGUCUCCAGCUGCAUGAGGGAUCCGUGAUCGAGAACAAACUUCUGACGGCGCCCGGCGUUCCUGUCAAGCGGAUGAUCCGAUUCAAGCUUCCCGUCGACAUGACCUACCAAUGCGGUGACUAUCUCGCCGUGCUUCCCACCAACCCGGACCAUGUUGUCCGACGAGCGAUCAGCCGCUUCAACCUCCCAUCCGACGCCAUGCUCACGGUCUCGAAACCAUCGCAGACCUCCAACGGGCCCACCGCGAUCCCCUUGGGCACGCCCAUCUCCGCCUUCGAGCUCUUCGCGACGUACGUGGAGCUCUCGCAGCCGGCCUCCAAGCGAGACCUCACCACCAUCGCCAACGCCGCUUCCUCAGACGCCGACGUCCAGGCUGAGCUCCAGUAUCUCGCAUCCAGCCCCACCCGCUUCACCGAAGAGAUCAGCAAGAAGCGCCUAAGCCCCCUGGACAUCCUCAUGCGGUAUCCCUCCGUCAACCUCCCGAUCGGUGACUUCCUCGCCAUGCUACCGCCCAUGCGCGUGCGUCAGUAUUCCAUCUCCUCGUCACCACUCGUCGACCCCACAGAAUGCACGAUCACCUUCUCGGUCCUCAGCGCCCCAUCCCUCUCCUCCUCCGACGAGCAGUACGUCGGCGUAGCCUCCACAUACCUCUCCGAGCUCCAACCCGAAGAGCGCGCACACAUCUCCGUCCGCCCCUCGCACACAGGCUUCAAGCCCCCGAUCGACCUCGACACGCCCAUGAUCAUGGCCUGCGCCGGUAGCGGCCUCGCCCCCUUCCGCGGUUUCGUCAUGGACCGAGUCGAGAAGAUCCGCGGCCGUCGCAGCCCCAUGGGCUCAGCGAACGAGCACCCGGACGUCGGGAAAGCCGCCAAAGCCAUCCUUUACGUCGGCUGCCGCACCCCGGGAAGUGACGACAUCCACGCUGACGAGCUGAACGAGUGGGCGCGUCAGGGCGCCGUCGACGUCCGCUACGCCUACAGCCGGCCCGCUGACGGCACUCCCAGUCGGCACGUGCAGGACCUGAUGCUCGACGACCGCAAGGAGAUUGUCGAGCUGUUUGAUAGCGGUGCGCGCGUCUAUGUCUGUGGCACGACGGGCGUCGGCCAGGGCGUGCGCCAGGCUUGCAAAUCUAUGUAUCUGGAGAAGCGGCGCGAGCAUUACCGCCAGGCGCGCGAGCGCGGCGAGGACGUCGAUGAGGGCGACGAGGAGAAGGCCGCGGAGGAGUUCUUGGAGGGGUUGAAGACGAAGGAACGAUAUGCUACGGAUGUGUUUACUUGA